AUGGCGUAUGACCGAUAUGUCGCCAUCUGCCAACCACUGCACUAUGAGACAAUAAUGAACAGCAGAGCUUGUGUCCAAAUGGCAGCUGGUGCCUGGAUCAGUGGGAUUCUCUACACUGUGCUACACACUGGGAACAUGUUUGCAUUGACCUUCUGUGGAGGCAAUAUGGUGGAUCAGUUCUUCUGUGAAAUCCCCCAGCUACUGAAGCUCACCUGCUCUGACUCAUAUCUCAGUGAAGUUGGGGUUCUUGCUUUUAGUAUAUGUUUGUUCUUAGGCUGCUUUAUUUUUAUCACUGUGUCAUAUGUUCAGAUCUUCAAAUCAGUAUUGAGAAUCCCCUCUGAGCAAGGCCGGCAUAAAACCUUCUCCACCUGCCUCCCUCACCUCAUUGUGGUCUCCUUGUUUUUUUGCAUUUCUAGCUUUGCCUACCUGAAACCCACCUCCAGCUCCUCAUCUGCUCUGGAUCUUCUGAUGGCUGUUCUCUAUUCUGUAUUGCCACCAAUCAUGAAUCCAAUUAUCUAUAGCAUGAGGAACAAGGAGAUGAAAGCUGCCCUGAGGAGACUGACUGGGUGUAGGUAA